UAGACAUUUGAUGUACCGCGAAAUUUAAAACUAUGUUGAUAUUUAAAAUUUUAUUGUUACUAAACAUAAACAAUGUGAGAGUAGUUAAAUAAAAAAAAUGUGAAUUAUGUGUUUUUAUUAAUUUUAAAUUAUAUUUAUAAUGGCUGAAUCAAUGUCUACAGAUUGUGAAACUGUUGUGAAAGGCAGUUUCGCAUCACCAACAAAUUAUUCUGAGAACUCUUCAGUGUCAUAUAAUAGUCCGUUAUCAGAGAGUCAAACUCCACCAUCUUCGUAUGAUGUAAAAGCUAGCCCGAGUUUUAUGGAAGUGGGUAAAAAUAAUGGAAAUUUAACUGAAAAUGAAUUUCCAAAUAAUAAUUUAUUUGAAAACAGUCCACAAUGUGAUAUUGAAGGGAAUGUAUGUCAAUCGGAGGGUAAAAUUAAGAUUAAAACUCCCGAAUCGAUUAACAGUAUGACAGAAUCCAGUUCGACUAGUUCAAAUGAUGUUAAUUUAGAAACAAAACCAUCUAUUAACGACAAUAUUGUUGACUCCGAUGAGAAAAUAUUCUGUAAGCCGGAUAUCAGUCCUAAAUCUGAGAAAAGUCCACGAGAGUUACGUAGUCCACGAUCGGAUCGUAGUGGGAAAAGUCCGAAAUAUAGUCCACGAUCUGAAGCAAGUCCACGACCCGAGCGUAGUCCAAAACCAGAACGAAGGAGUGAACGUAAAUUAAACACUCCAGAUAUUACUGAAACCGCUGCUGUUGUUGUCAAUGAUACUAAAACAAAGAUUAAAAAUUCUAAAGUUGUAAAUUCGGCUGAGGAGUUUCCUAAAAAUGGGGCUGUGAAUAAAAAAUCUAGAAGUAGAUCAAAAGAAGAAAAUACUACGUCUUCGAAAAGUAGGAAACGUAUGAAUAAUAAUUCAUCGGGACGAGGUAGACCACCAAAGCAAAAGGAUUCUGUUAUGACAACUACAUAUCAUUCACAGAUCAGUGGUGAUAAGAAUGCUAUCAAAAUUUGUAUUAAAAAAGCUAAAUUAAUACCUCAACAGCAAGCACCUACAAAUAAAAAAUCAAAAAAACGUAGGAGACAACGAGUAUCGGAUUCAGAAAAUUCUGAUUUUGAAACUUAUACCACGACGAAAAGGCGAUCGUCAAAAAAAGCUAGUGAUAAAAUUGCCGAUAAAGAUGUUAGUGUUGAAGUAUCGGAACCGGAAGAACAGACUGUUUGGGGAUCUGAUGUGCCUGUACCUAUUCUGUUUAGAAUAUUCCAGGAAGUGUGCAAUGAUGUGGGAUGUUUACCGACCUUAGUGAGAUUGUCAAAAGUAUGUAAAUUAUGGAACUCAGUUGCUGUUGAUCCAAAACUUUGGGUUAAUAUUGAUCUAUUUACAUGGCACAAAGAACGACAGAAAACUGAUUUUAAAUUACAUUGGUUGAUUGAUAAUCGAUUAUCACAUUGUCAAGAUUUGAAUUUAAGUAAUUGGAAAGCGAAUAACAUAUCAUUCAUUUUUGAUAUAUUAACGGAAAAAUGUUUGGAUUUACAAGGACUUAAUUUAAGCGGUUGGAAUGGAUUGACUUCGGAUCAUUUGAAACAUAUUUCGACGCGUUGUGAAAAAUUACAACGAUUGGAUCUAUCAAGUAUAAAUUCGGAAACAACAAUUACAAAAUGUGCAAUUGGAUCACAACCGUUAAUGCAACUUGCAGACGACAUGGGUGAUCGAUUAACUCAUUUACUUUUAGCUAAUAAUAAACUUGCUGGAUUUCCUCAAAUUAUUUCAGCAAUAGCUACACACUGCCCAAAUUUACAAUUAUUGGAUUUAUCAAAUAUUCGAACUGUCUCACACACAACUGCACCAUUACACAUUGAAAAAUUACAACAAGGUUGCGAAAAGUUGCGUGUGUUACGAAUUACAAAUAGUCAAAUUGUUUUAGCGAGUGCAUCUUUAAAAGAACAGGUUGAAUCACCUGGUUUUCCGAAUUUAGAAGAAUUGUCGGUAGCUACUGGUACAAGUGAUGUUACAUUAAUUGACGAUAAUGCUAUUGAACGUAUAUUAAAAAAUAGUCAUAAAUUACGUCUGUUAGAUGUGCGUGGAUGUACACGAAUAUCUGAUUCAAGUCUUGUGCGAGUACCUGCUUGGGAUUUGGAACAUUUAUUUCUCAGUGGUUGUUAUGUAACACGUUUUGUUGGAUCGGGAUUGGAAUUAAUUGUACAAAAAUGGAGCCACAGUUUGUUAGAACUAGAUUUAGGCUGGUCAACUGCAACUGAACCAUUAGAUGCUGCGGUAUUUGCCUUAGCUGAGAAAGAGGAUGAGUCACGAUUAAGAAUAUUAAAUCUCUGUGGAUCAUCCGUAAGUUUAGACCCAGUGAAAGCAGUGUUAAAAAAAUGUAGACAUUUAAAUUCAAUAAACUUAUCAUCGUGCCGUGCCCUUCCACGCGGUAUUAAACGAUUAUACGAAGGAACUGAAGUCGCCGAAUUAUUAGCAAGUUUAGAAGAAAAACCAAAACCAAAAAAAGUACCUACACCUGAACCAACACCAGAACCAUCUCCACCACCUCCCCCAGUUAUAGAACCCCUAGAAGACCACGAACAGUUAUCAAAUGAUUUAGUUUCAUCUCUUGUACCAGACAUUAAAGACUCACUAUUACCCAUUAUUGAACCAUCAACGGAUUUAUUACCGGCAUUCGAUGAUCGAAUGGAUGCAGUUUCGAUAGAAGAUUCAAUAGACGAUUUACAUUCGAUACUUGAAAAUAAUUAAGUGUACUGUGAAAAUCUGUGUUAUUGUUUUUCUUUUAACUUUAUACACGUUGUGUAUUAUAGGAAAAACAGUUGGAAAAUUUACAUAGAACAAUAUGUAAACAUAAAUAAAGUGUGCGUUUGUGUAUGUUUGAGAUUUGCGCGUUGUUUGGUAUGCGUUUUAGUGGUGAGUACUAAAAACUAUGUGGAUAGUUUCUAUUAAAAUUUAACUCUAAAGUUUUAUAAACAAAUUUAAAAGAAGAAGUAAAAAAAAAGUAC